AAGUGGCAUAUGUUCCUAGUCAUCCCUUUGUAUUCCUUCUGAGAACAAAUGCAAGUUCAAGUAAGAGCGGUAUAAUUACACCGGCCUGCUCGGGCAGAAGCGGAAUUCCGCAGCCCAACCCGGAGUCUGCCGCGUCCACCAACCUCAUGACUCAGCUCUCCCCAAAUACACACAAUAAAAUACCCUCAACACUCCCUUUGCCUAGCAACUCUUACAUUACUACCGCUCAUAUACAUCAGUAUAUUCAUCCUUAGUAAUGCCUGACUUCCGAGCCUCCCUCCCCAUCGCCCUCACUAUCCCAGCGGCAGGCAUCCUCAUAGCAACUUACCUCUACAAUCGUCCCCUACCUCUUCCCAAGGAGCGAAAGAUAUCAGUAACUGAGGAACUCUCACAUUCAUUUGCUUCCGGUCCAUCACCCAAAUCUCUCGGAAUCGUAAACCCUAGGAAUCACAUACAGCUGACUGAUUCUCGCUCUAUAAAUCUUUUGAGAUCAGAAAUUUCAAGAAGUCAUUUGAGAGAUGGAGAUGCAAUGGUAUCGGAUGAAGAGAUCUUAGCAAGGUUUCUUGUGGGCUUUUUUGGAGGGUGGAGUUUCACGCCCGAGCGGGGGUUGUUGGCGGCGCUGAGAAGGAUGGGAAAGAAGUUUAUUGAGGCGAAAUAUACAGAAAUGCCAUCAUCGGGACAUCCCAUUGAUACUCUUGGCGGCUUUUCGAAAACCAAGCUACCACCAAAGGGCACAAUUCUGUUCGGUGGGAAUUUUAUGGUUUUAGACACUCGUGUUUUUUUUCCGCCAGGAUCACCUAGCUCGGCAUCUUCUCUUGCGACUCGAGAAGUACCAAGCUACAUUGAUAUCGGAUUCGGUGAUCCCGUCAUUAGCUACGUGGACGUUGCAUUCGGUGCUGAUCAGAAGAAUUUCUCUGGCCUGCAUCGUUUCGAAAUCCAGUAUCAUCCUACAAAAAAAGAAGGGGAGGAAUUGACAGUCUGGUACAGCAGUUUGAGUUGCAAUCCUAGUCUCAAUAGGGCGCCGUUUCCAAAGUGGACAGUGGCAUUUCACAGGUGGUAUGCUAUGUGUCUGUUUCGGGACGGGAUUGAAGGGGUGAUUCGAGGUUGAGAUGAAGGGAGCCAGACGGUGUAGAAAGUUGACAUUAUGCGAGGCAUGUUAUUUGUUUCUUGUAAAUUGCUUGUCCUGUACAAAUAUAUCUUCCCAUCAUCGUAUAAAUAUACCACGCCACAAAAGAUGAACGUGCCGAUUGGCGGUCCUCGAUGUAAAAAGUGCAGAUUCCUCCCAAGAAAAUGGAAAAAAUUCUUGGAU